AUGGCUAGCACGGAAAACGAAACCCAACCGGAAUCAGUGUUGCAAGUAGAAGAAUCUGCAGACGUUGAGCAGGAGGCGGGAGGGGCGGAAGAAUCCGCCGUUUCGAAAGUGUCUGUACUCUCCAGCUCGUUUGAGCCAAACCUUUCGACCAUCGUUGAGGAAAAUGAUACUCCCGUGUUGUCUAGGGAAUCAAAUGCUACCCCUCCAAUGCCCCGUUUUCAGCAAUCACGGUAUGAACAAUUAGCCCUCCCAAAGGUGCAGCAUUUGGAGGAAACGUUGGAUCGAUUCGAAAAGUCCAAAAAGUACGAAAUGAGUGAACGAAUAAUGAAAAUAAGAAUGCGAUUACGUGAGCUAAGAGGCACAGAAAAACAGUACAGCCGUCAGCUGCAAACCGAGUCAACUACCAAAAAUUUUUCCGGGAACUCGGAGAUCAUCUACAACAAUUUACAGCGCAGUUUGCGGAAAGUAGCGUUUGAAACGUUGGCUAAACAAAUUUUCGAUAAACUGCCCGAUCUCAUCGUUAAGAUGUACCCCAACCGUACACAGCAAACGACACCGGGAAUGCAAGCGUUGCUGGAUACACUGCAGACCACACUGUACUACUAUCUUGGACAGCCAAUGAACGAAUACGAGGAUCGUGUAUUCAACUAUCUUUGCAACGGGCUGGCAAAGUUUAUAGAAAAUAUAAUUGAAAAUGUGCAUACGUCUCAGCAAGAAAGUGAACGGGUGGCAAUGGAAGGUAAAACAGGCAACGGGCCCUAUCCGGUAGCGGUACAGCUUGCUAGAAAGGCAUACAACGAUCGCCAAUAG